AUGAGGACGUUUUCAACGGAAAAGUGCCAGAAGAAACGAUGUCAACACAGCAGGUCCCUCUGCAGAGGAAAACAUCACCAACAUGAAGAGGACCCCGACCCGCCGGGCCUGGAGGACCCCGACCCGCCGGGCUUGGAGGACCCCGACCCGCCGGGCCUGGAGGACCCCGACCCGCCGGGGCUGGAGUUUGACUCUUGUGGGAAACGGUGUGAGGAGGGGGACCGCCAGGCCCCGGACCAUCAGAUUCCAGACCGCCAGGCUCCAGACCGCCAGGUUCCAGACCAUCAGGUUCCAGACCGCCAGGCCCCAGACCGCCAGGCCCCAGACCGCCAGGCUCCAGACCGCCAGGCUCCAGACCGCCAGGUUCCAGACCAUCAGGUUCCAGACCGCCAGGCCCCAGACCGCCAGGCCCCAGACCGCCAGGCCCCAGACCGCCAGGCUCCAGACCAUCAGGUUUCAGACCGCCAGGCCCCAGACCGCCAGGCCCCAGACCGCCAGGCCCCAGACCAUCAGGUUCCAGACCGCCAGGCCUCAGACCACCAGACCCCAGACCGCCAGGCCCCAGACCGCCAGGCCCCAGACCGCCAGGCUCCAGACCAGCAGGUUCCAGACCGCCAGGCUCCAGACCGCCAGGCCCCAGACCGCCAGGCCCCAGACUGCCAGGCUCCAGACCAUCAGGUUUCAGACCGCCAGGCCCCAGACCGCCAGGCCCCAGACUGCCAGGCUCCAGACCAUCAGGUUUCAGACCGCCAGGCUCCAGACCAUCAGGUUCCAGACCAUCAGGUUCCAGACCGCCAGGCCCCAGACCGCCAGGCCCCAGACCGCCAGGCUCCAGACCGCCAGGCUCCAGACCGCCAGGCUCCAGACCGCCAGGCUCCAGACCGCCAGGUUCCAGACCAUCAGGUUCCAGACCGCCAGGCCCCAGACCGCCAGGCCCCAGACCGCCAGGCCCCAGACUGCCAGGCUCCAGACCAUCAGGUUUCAGACCGCCAGGCCCCAGACCGCCAGGCCCCAGACCGCCAGGCCCCAGACCAUCAGGUUCCAGACCGCCAGGCCUCAGACCGCCAGACCCCAGACCGCCAGGCCCCAGACCGCCAGGCCCCAGACCGCCAGGCUCCAGACCAGCAGGUUCCAGACCGCCAGGCCCCAGACCGCCAGGCCCCAGACCGCCAGGCCCCAGACUGCCAGGCUCCAGACCAUCAGGUUUCAGACCGCCAGGCCCCAGACCGCCAGGCCCCAGACCGCCAGGCCCCAGACCAUCAGGUUCCAGACCGCCAGGCCUCAGACCGCCAGACCCCAGACCGCCAGGCCCCAGACCGCCAGGCCCCAGACCGCCAGGCUCCAGACCAGCAGGUUCCAGACCGCCAGGCUCCAGACCGCCAGGCCCCAGACCGCCAGGCCCCAGACUGCCAGGCUCCAGACCAUCAGGUUUCAGACCGCCAGGCCCCAGACCGCCAGGCCCCAGACUGCCAGGCUCCAGACCAUCAGGUUUCAGACCGCCAGGCUCCAGACCGCCAGGCUCCAGACCGCCAGGCCCCAGACCGCCAGGCCCCAGACCGCCAGGCUCCAGACCGCCAGGCUCCAGACCACCAGGUUCCGGACCACCAAGGUUCCGGACCACCAAGGUUCCGGACCACCAAGGUUCCGGACCACCAGGUUCCGGACCGCCAGGCCCCAGACCGCCAGGUCCCAGACCGCCAGGCCUCAGACCGCCAGGCCCCAGACCGCCAGGCCCCAGACCGCCAGGCCUCAGACCACCAGGCCCCAGACCACCAGGCCCCAGACCGCCAGGCCCCAGACCGCCAGGCCCCAGACCGCCAGGCCCCAGACCGCCAGGCUCCAGACCGCCAGGCUCCAGACCGCCAGGAUCCGGACCAAGAACCAAUUCCUGGACAAAAAUGA